AUGACGCCACCCAUCGUAUUUGAUGUUUCGGAGGAUGAAGAAGAUGUGGUAUUAAAUGCAACCCCAAUUCGUCCAAUUCGUAGUAACAGCAAUAGUUUUUCAAAAAGUAACCCAUCAACGCAACAAAGCAAACGACCAAAAGACCAACUGUAUGAUUCCUUUGAAUCAUCGGAGGAGAUUGACGAUAAACCGCAACGUAAGAAGACCAAGAAGAAGGAAAAUACAGUUCCUACCAUUCAGAAAAGUCUAUUGAGUUAUAGGAAGAAGAAAGAGCAAGGAAUUGCUUCUUCCUCUCCUCCGAGAUGUACCAUAUCCAUGAUAUCUGAUUCCGAAACCGAUGAUGAUCACGGAACAGCUAGUAACAACAAUGUCCAUUCCAACAGUCAAAAUAGUAGUAGUGCCAUCGUAAUUUCAUCCGAUGAGGAAGCAUCCAAAGACUUGCAAGCCAUUCUGCAUUACAAACAGACUAAUCAUUCAUCAAAAAAACUGAAAAAAACAACGAGUGCUAAACCUUCCAAACAGCAAAGAGAUGAUUCAUCAGAAGAUGAACAUAUUGUAUUUGGUUCCAAUAUUACAGAAAAAAUUAAGAAAAAGAAACGCAUUAUUGAAAGAGAUCUGGAAGAUUUUAUUGUGGACGAUGAUGCUGAAGACUCUCAAAGCACCAACCAAAUUGAGGAAGAAGAGGAAGCAGUCAUACAGGUCCAUACAGAUGAGGAGGAGAUUGAAACAGGAGAAGAAACUGAAGAUGAUGAAGAAUUUGAAGAAACGACCAUGUCUCAAGAAAUUGAUUUGAUAUCCAUUAAUAGUGACGAUAUUGAUGUCAAUGCCUUAAUAGAAAUUGAAGAGGCGACCCAAUCAGAAACUACCCAAAGCACCGCCCAGUUAAAAUCGAAAUACAAGAGGCUUAUCAAAAAUCCUCCCAAGCUCACAGAGUUACCAAAUGGUUGGAAGACAGAUGAUGAAGGUGAUGAUGCCACCUAUUACCUCCAGAACUUCAUGCUAGAAGGAAGAAUGUAUAACAAGCUUUACAGCUUUCAAAAAGAGGGAAUCAAAUGGCUAAAUCAACGAUAUAAUGAUAGUACUUACAGAGGCGGCAUUUUGGCAGAUGAAAUGGGGCUUGGCAAAACUGUACAAUUAUCGAGUUUCUUAUCUGGAAUUGCAGCAGCUGAAGCAGGAAAGCGCUUUUUGGUUGUAGCUCCAUUGUCCGUUUUGCAGACGUGGAUUAGUGAAUUGCGUCAGUGGGCUCCCCUUGUUACUCCGUAUCUCUUCCAUGCUCUACAAAAGUCAGAAUUUGAAUACAUGAUAAAAUCAUUCCACAGUCACACCAAAAAACAUCCAGGUGUGCUAAUCACAACUUAUAGAACCUUGGUUUCCAAGAUUGGAUUAUUUGCAUCCAUUUGUGCAAAGCAAGAGUUUGACGUUACCAUUGUUGAUGAAGCUCAUCAAAUCAAGAAUGAAAAGACUGCUAUUGCUACAAAUUUGAGAAAGGUUACGAGUAAGGCAAAAUUUUGUCUGACGGGAACGCCUUUAAUGAACAAGCUAGUUGAAAUGUGGGCUAUAUACGAUUACAUAUUUUAUGGAAAUAACAUUCUUGGAAAUAGAAGUGAAUUUAAGAAAAAUUAUGAACUUGACAUUGUGAAAUCUCGACGAAGAGAUGCCUCAAAUACCCAGAAAAUAUUAGGAAACAAGCUUAGCCAAAAAUUGAGAGCAUUAAUUUCUACUUAUUUUUUGAAGCGACUCAAAAGCCAGGUACUUGAAAGUGACCACAAUGUUGGUAUGUCGAGCAUUCUCAAAAAGCAAGGAACAGGAAAAGCUAAGAUUUCCCAGAAAAAUGAGCUAGUGCUAUGGUGUUAUUUAGCAAAGGCUCAAGAAGUCCUAUACACUAACUAUUUGAAAUCAGAGACUGUUAGACAAAUUUUGAGCAAAAAUACGGAUAGAGCUUGUAUUUUAUCUGCAAUUUCUGCGCUGAGAACAAUGUGUGACCAUCCGAGAUUGAAUGCUAAUGCAGACACAUUUUUAAGUAAGAUUGAUGACAACUCUGAAGAAGAAGAUGAUGAUGAAAAUAUUGAAAAAUUGUUAUCUCAAGAAAUGGAGGAACAUAUUGAUGUUUCUGACAUUCCUUGUGAAACUCUGAUUGCUGAAAGUUCUAAAUUGACAGUGAUGGUGAAAUUACUCAAAGAACACAAGAGAACCGGCCAUAGAACCUUAAUUUUUUCACAAUACACAUCCAUGCUUGACAUUGUCGAACAUAUCAUUAGGAAGCAUUUAAAGCUGAAGGUGUUAAGAAUUGAUGGAACAAUAUCGUCAACAAAAGAGAGACAAAGCAGAGUCGAGUUAUUUCAAAAAGACCCGUCAUAUAGCUGUUUUCUUCUCACAACUGGCGCAGGAGGUGUUGGACUCACGUUGACAGGAGCUUCCAGAUGCAUAAUUUUAGAUAUAUCAUGGAAUCCUGCUACAGAUCAACAAGCUGUGGAUCGUGCUUACAGAGUCGGUCAAACCAAAAACGUUGUCACUUACAGACUUGUGAAUGUAGGAACUAUAGAAGAGGUUAUGUAUAGAAGGCAAGUGAUUAAGGAUGGUUUAAUUAAGAAUACACUGGUAAAAGAGAAUCAAUAUCGUUACUUUACUUCUGAACAAGAGUUGCUAGAAAUUUUCACUCUACGAGAUAAGAGAUCAUCAGAAACACAGAAGCUUCUCGAGUCAUUGCAUCCAAAAGGAAAAAUUUAUGAAGAACUUGAGUCGCAUGUGAAAGAUCUAGAAAAAUUAGAAGAAAUUAAUGGUGUGACAUGGCAUGACAUGUUAUAUUCAGUAGAAUCAGAUGAUUACUUGAACGAAUCAUUUAAUUAUGAAGAUGAUGCCGCCGUACAGAAAAAACACACCAUUAGCAACUAUUUGAAACGUCAACAAGAAAAAACCGUCGUAGAUCUCGCCUCUGACACUCCUUCUUCAAAGAAUCAACACAGACGUGUGAGUAAGGCAGGUUCAUCCAGCUCUCAUUCUUCACAAGUGGUUGUGAAUCUAGUGUCACCUCCUCCUGCAGCUCGAAUUCCCUUAAACCCAUCUUCAAGCAUGCAAUUACCGCAACUCCCAAUCUUUCAACAUGAAUUUAGUCAUUUCAAUUUGCCAGUCGAUUUUGCUAGACCAGCAGAGACCAUACCAAUGCCCACACGGACUUCUGUAACUCUUGGAUUUCAACCAAACACUCACUUUGUACAGUCACACGAAAAUAUUGAAAACAUGGACCCCAAUACUGUUUCUGAAGUUCAAACUAUCAAAUAA